AUGACAGACGGGGGGUUCGGGAUGAGUUCGAAAAGCGAGGGCGGCCCACAGCAGAUACGUGCCAGGUACCUCGUGCGCUGUACCCCCGGCUUGUCUCAUUGCGUACCCCUCAGGUCCCAGCGAUGCCAACGCCAACGCAACCGUGGUUCGAGCCGUGCACUAGUCCGCAAGUGGCCUGCCAAGCCCGAGCUAGCCGUUCUGGGAAAUCAACAACAACGCGCUGCAAUCGCGUUCAGAGCAGGCAGAGAGAGGAGGAGCAAGGUGAGGCGCAAUUCCUCCUCCUCACCUUUUACAACUAACAUCCUCACAACUUACAGGUCCAUCCUGCACCUACACCGUCUCCCAUCUGAAAACCUACACAGAGAGGCGCUGCGGCUGGCGUGUCUGUCACGUCCAUUCCAUCCGUCCUUUUAUAACAUUCUCUUCCGGUCCCACUUCCCAGUCAAAACUCCUGCGUGGUUAGGGCUCCACUCCCCCUUCGCCCGCCGCACGCCGCGCGCCGUAGCGCUCCGGUCUGCUGCCUCUUUCUGUGGCUUUCUUUUUCCUCUGCCCUCGAAAACACCAUCAUCCAUCGAUCGCAUACCUCCGCGACCUCGAGUCAAUCCAUCAAUCCAUCUGAAGUUUCUCUAUCUACUCCCACCUCGAGCGUCGCGCUUUUGUCGGACGCCGUCAUAUUUGUUACAAGAGAGGAACGAGGGAAUACUUAUCAGCCACGGCACGAAUGGAGGUGCCAACCGGUGCGAAUUUGUCGCGAAUGCUGUGAUCUCGUCUUCCCCAGGUUUUCCCAUCUCGAUCGAACCUUUGAAACAUAUUCCCCUUGUUUCAUGUUUGAUCGCCGGAUGUUGCGACGUGAUUUGA